AUGAUGACUGCUCGAGGGUCACCAAGGUUGAGCCUCCUCAAAAAAGCUGUCGAAAGGGAUAGAGCAUCACCUCCUACAAGCAGUGUGACAAAGAGGAGGAGAGGGUCUCUCAAAGAAGAUAGAGCACAGUGGAAUGCAAGCCUUGAGAAAGAUCUUGUGGACUUGCUUCGUGAGCAUGAUACACCUGAACAUAAGGGUCAAAAUGGAUGGAGCUCAGAAGCAUGGAAUACGAUAGUGAAGAAAUUCCACCAAAAGAAUCCUUAUGCUAGGUACGAGAAGAAGAAAAUCCAAGAAAAGGAAAAAGAGUUGAAAAGAGAAUACAAGAUGAUCAAAGAGAUAAGGAAGCAAAGCGGCGUUUCAUGGGACGACCGGCAGUGCAGGAUUCUAGCGGAUCCACCACUUUGGAAAAACAUCAUCAUAUCACACCCUAAAGCUGGAAAGUUCAAGACAAAAGGCUUCCCUCUUUUUGAAGCUUUGGGAGAAUUGCAUGAUGGCCAAACUGCAGAAGGGACAUAUAACUUCACCUCUAUCGAGUCAUCACAUUGCUCAACCCAAUCAGAUCUCGAGAAUCUUGGAGGAGCUGGCAAGAAUCAAGGAGAAACAUUAGCUGAUGGUGAGAAUCUUGGAGGAGAAAGGGUGCAGAUCGAUGAAGAUGUUGAGGAGAAAUGGAGAAGAGAAAGAACCAAAGAGAAGGAGGGGGCGAAUGGUGAUGUGGCUGCAAUGAUGGAGAAGUACUUGGAAAUAAGGACGAAGCAGGUGGACGAUGAGAGGAAUAAGCCAAGGGUCAUGGAUGAGUACUCUAUCAAAAACUGCAUUGAUCUGCUGAAAACAAUGGAGAUCACACUUGAAGAAGAAGUCAAGGCUUUUCGAGUCUUCAAGAUCCCCGAGAACCGAGAGAUUUUCAUGAGUGCCAGACCGGAGACUGCUCUUAUGUGGCUGAGAGCUGAAAUGGAAUAA